CUAGUCGCGAAGAUCCACUCACUUGAGUCGUCAGUCUGGAUGUGCGCUCUGAAAAAAAAAAAUCAUUCCGUAGUUAUUAUUCGCCUACGAUGAACUAACCUACACACUCUUUUUGAGUUACCUUGCGUUAUUGCUACGGUUUCCGUCUUCGCGGAGAUGUGUCUCCGGGACCAUUAGCAGCGGACCUCGGCGCUCUCUGCAGCCGGGAUGAGUGGCAGCUCCGCGGCGUCCAGCGCCGCGUCCUGCCGCUUCGCUCAUUACUUCGUUAUCUGUGGGAUCGACACAGAAAGUGGAUUGGAACCGGACGAGUUGGCAGCUUUGUACCAAUGGCUUGAAGCCGACCGGCAGGGCAGAGACCCAGAUGCUGCCGCCUCAGGUGAAAACCUGGAACAGAGUCCCCUCAAGAGGACGUUCAAGUCCAAAGUUCUUGCUCGUUACCCAGAGAACAUCGAGUGGAAUCCCUUCGACCAGGAUGCAGUCAACAUGCUCUGCAUGCCCAAAGGUCUGUCAUUCCGGACCCAGAUGGACCAGCGGGAGCCCCAGUUCCACUCCUUCAUCAUCACCAAGGAGGACGGCUCCCGCACCUAUGGCUUCGUCCACACCUUCUACGAGGAGGUGACCAGCCCUCAGAUCUGCUCCGCCAUGCAGACGCUCCACCAGAUGCACAUUACCGAACACCCUUCAGCCAACCCCACCUCCUCCUCCUCGUCAUCGUCCUCCAGCAUGGACUCUCUGUCGAGCAGCCUCGACGAGGUGGACUCGGCCAACUCCUCACCUCGGACGUCGGUUGGCUACAACUCUUCCCGGGACACUCUCUACGUCUCCAAAGCUUUGUGUUUGAUCACGCCAAUGCCCUUCAUGCACAGCUGCCGUCGCUUCCUGUCGCAACUACACCGAGCUGUCACGGCCACCACGGCUCCGCCUCUUCCUCUGGAGAGUUACGUCCACAACAUUCUGUAUGAAGUUCCUCUGCCCGCUCCGGGCCGCUCUCUGAAGUUCCACGGUGUUUAUGAACCAAUUGUAUGUCAGAGACCUGGAUCUGGGGAGCUGCCUCUGGCCGACUUCCCUCUCGCUGAGACUUUUACUUUACUGGGAGUGGAGAACUUGAUCCAAGUGUUCACGUGCACUCUGCUGGAGAUGCAGAUUCUGCUCUACUCACAAGACUACCAGCGGCUGAUGACAGUAGCGGAGGGCAUCACCACGCUGCUCUUCCCCUUCCAGUGGCAGCACGUCUACGUUCCCAUCCUGCCGGCCUCACUCCUCCAUUUCCUGGACGCUCCUGUGCCAUAUCUGAUGGGACUCCAGUCCAAGGAGGGCACCGACCGAACCACGCUGGAGCUUCCACAGGAGGCAAACCUCUGCUUUGUUGAUGUGGACAACCACUACAUUGAACUUCCUGAAGACUUUCCACACUUCCCCAACAAGAACGAGCUGGUCCAAGAGCUCCGUGAGGUUCUGCUUAGCUUUGGGAUUUUUGCCAACAACGGUGCGCCCCCACGGACCCGCAGCAACCCCAAUAGCACCCCCAAUAGCACCCCCUCCACACCAGGAAGGGAGCGCAAGCUCUCCACCAUCCGCCAGCUGGAGGAUGAUGGUCGCAAUGGGAAUUUGGUUGGCGAAGAUCUGGCUGUGCUGCAGCUGCUGCAGGGAAACGCCACGCUGGAGAGGUUGCAGGCUCUUACCAAAAGAACCGGGGUGACCGUUUCUCGGGUAGAUGCUUUGAGGGCUGGAAUCAAAAGCCAGGAGACUGAGGGACAAGCGGGCCGGACAUUAGCAGACGAUGAAGAGCUGAAGAAUGCCAAGCUGAACGUCCAACUGAGAGAAGUGUUCGCCAGCCGCUUCACUGCCAUGUUCGCUGACUAUGAGGCGUUUGUUAUCCAGAGCGCCCCGGACCUGGAGUCCUGGCUCACCAACAGAGAGCAGAUGCACAAUUUCGACAAGGCUUCCUUCCUAUCGGACCAGCCAGAACCAUACCUGCCCUUCCUUUCGCACUUCAUAGAGACGCAGAUGUUCGCCACCUUCAUCGACAACAAGAUCAUGUCUCAGUGGGAGGACAAGGAGCCUCUGCUGCGAGUCUUUGAUGCCCGAAUUGAGAAGACCAGACUUUACAAUGUCCGAGCUCCGAACCUGAGGUCCUCAGUCUACCAGAGAUGCUCCAACCUGAAGGAAGCUGCUCAAACCGUUGAACAGCGCCUGAUGAAGAUCGACCACACGGCCAUCCUCCCUCACCUGCUGGACAUGAAGAUCGGCCAGGGCAAGUACCAGCAGGGAUUCUUCCCAAAACUACAGGCUGACGUGCUCAACACUGGACCCACCAACAAGUGGUCCCAUCGCACUGCAGCAGCCCAGCAGAGACGGGAUCGACACCGACAGCAGCAUGAACAUCUAAACCUUGGCAACGAUCUGAAAGAGCAUGGGGAGGGCUGUCUGGCUCUACAGAACUCCAUGGCAUUUUGGGAGUGGGACAAUGGUUCCCCCCCACCUGUCAAACCUCCUAAAAAAUCAGCCUCUGCGUCCUGCCUGAAGUACAUGCAGGAAGCCAGAAGUCUGGGUAAGAACCUGCGGCAGCCCAAACUGUCUGACCUGUCCCCCUCGGUCAUCGCCCAGACCAACUGGAAGUUUGUGGAGGGGCUGCUGAAGGAGUGCCGCAUGAAAACGAAGCGGAUGCUGGUGGAGAAAAUGGGUCGGGAAGCGGUGGAGUUGGGUCAUGGAGAGGCGAACAUCACUGGGCUUGAGGAGAACACAUUGAUCGCCAGUUUGUGUGACCUGCUGGAGAGAAUCUGGAGCCAUGGACUGCAGGUCAAACGGGGCAAAUCAGCGCUGUGGUCUCACCUGCUGCUCUACCAGGACCGAGAGGAGAAGCUGGAGCAGCAGCGUGCCGAGUCCCCAGUGUCACCUGUCCCGGAGAGAAGGAAGUCUGAUGGCACCAUUGCCUCGUCGUCUUUCAGUCUCCCACUCAUCCAGGACAUGAGGCACAUUCUGAGCAUGUCGGAGAUAAAAACUGAAGUGGGACGAGCGAGAGCUUGGAUCCGGUUGUCUCUUGAGAAGAAGCUACUGUCUCAACAUCUCAAACAGCUUCUGUCCAGACAAGCUCUGACCAAGAGACUGUACAAGAGAUAUGCCUUCCUUCGCUGUGAAGAGGAGAAGGAGCAGUUUCUCUUCCACCUCCUCUCACUCAACGCUGUUGACUACUUCUGCUUCACCAGUGUCUUCACCACUAUCAAUAUUCCAUACCGCGUCGUCAUCAUUCCCAUCAAGAAGCUGAGUAACGCCAUGACCACCUCCAACCCCUGGGUGUGUGUCUCCGGUGAGCUGGGCGACUCCGGCAUCAUGCAGAUCCCCAAAAAUGUCCUGGAGAUGACCUUUGAGUCUGCUUUCAGGCCUCACAUGCACAUCUCCGCCAUGUUCAAGUGUCAGAAUCUGGGGAAACUGACGACAGUGCAGUUGGGCCACGACAACGCCGGGCUGCUGGCCAAGUGGCUGGUUGACUGUGUGAUGGUUCGAAAUGAGAUCACUGGACACACAUACCGGUUCCCGUGUGGCCGCUGGCUGGGGAAGGGUGUGGACGACGGCAGUCUGGAGAGGGUCCUGAUCGGUGAGCUGGUGGUGCCCACCGGAGAAGAAGAUUCUGCCAAAGGCUGCCGCACACCCCCACCACAACCCUCUCCGUCCCCUGUCAGGCGCAUCAGUGUGACAUCGCACUCUGGACGAGGAAAUAAACCAACGUCAGGUCAGAUCCAGGAGUUCAUCGGAGAGUCUGUGAACAGCAUCAUCAAACAUUUCCACAAGCCAGAGAAAGAGAGAGGAAGUCUGACUGUGCUGCUGUGUGGAGAGAACAGUCUGGUCUCAGCGCUGGAGCUCUUCUUCCAUCACGGCUUCAGGUCCGCCAGACUCUUCCAGAAGACCACCUUUGUGUGGGACUUCUUCGAGAAGGCUGUGGCCUACAUGGAGUCAGCUGACCAGAUGGGAGACCUGCAGGAGAGUGCCGUGCCAGCGGGGACGACCUGUCGGUCACUGUGUCACUAUGUCAACGCCAUCAACUCUACACCCAGGAAUAUUGGGAAGGACGGAAAGUUCCAGCUGCUGGUGUGCCUCGGAGCAAGGGACCGUCUGCUGCCUCAGUGGCUCCCCCUGCUGGUAGAAUGCCCGGUGAUUCAGCGCAUGUAUGAGGACACGGCCCUGCUGAGAGACCGGACCACUGUCAACGCCCUGAUUGGAGUCCUCGAGACCCUCCAUGACUUUCCCAUCACUCUAGAGUCCUCACUGGUCAAAGGCAUCGACCUGUGACCCCACCGCUCAGCUGGGGUGAUGGAGGUUAACCCAAAGAAACUGAAGCUGAAGCUUUACAUUUCCGACCAGACCGCGUGCAGUAUUAUCACCACCAUUUCUUGAAGGAUAUUGGACUGGUAGAUUCUCCAAGAUCAUCUCUGUAAAUGAUCAAAUCCACAACUUACAGCCGUCAUUUUUCUUAUUCUGCUUAUUUAUGCGCUGUUGAAAAUGUAGUUUACUUCAUUGAAAACAAAAAUGUUUAACACUAUUUUUACAGUCUUUCAAAGUUACUUGAGCUUUACAUUCAACAUAAAUCAAAUCUAUCUCGGUUAUAAAUUGAAGGUUGUUAACGUAGAACCCAAGUUCUGAUGCAGAUUGUUAUCUUGAUGUCUCAUAUUCUGGUGAUGUUUUGAGGAGACCAGGCCGACUGACAGGAUCUUCAAUCUUUAACAAAGAAAUGAAAUCAUUGAGAAUGGAGAUACUUCCGAAUCUAUACUCCUUUAGUAAGAUACAAGACACACUUGGAUUGUUUUUCUGAAUUGUAGAUAUUUAAGAUGCUAGUUUUUCAAGGUAGUUGUUGCCAGUGAAGGUCCUUACUCUUUAUUCUCGGGAGGAUAUUAGCCACAAAUAGAUGUUUGUGCUUGAUGUACCUCAGUCCUUCUCUCUUGUCAGCAUGAACAGACCAUUGUCUCGACACAAACCGAGGCCGGCUCCAUGUGGUCAUUUUUCCAACACUGCCAGUGCAUAUGGUGUCGCGGCUGGAUUUGAGGUGGUCGUAUUAUCACCAGUGACUCGUUGGGACAUUCCCUCACGAUGGGGGACCGGACUAUUUUAAAUACUCUCUGCUGCAGGAAUGUGUUGAUGCGAUUUCAUCACGUUCACGGUGAGAAGCUGAAGGGAGCUUUUAAGUGGAACUACUGAACUCAAGCUGGAAGGGAAACUUCAUGUCACUGGACUUUGUUUUCUUUCAAGUGAGUUCUAAGUGUUUGGAGUCUACAGAUGUCAUACAUUUUUAGAAGGCACCAGCAUGAAUUUGUUUGUCUCACAGUCAAUGCUAGAAUGUAUUUAUUUAUUUUUUUAUCCACUUAUGCUCAAUUGUAGCGACUUGAAUUGCUUUUACACUAAACAGUCACACUACUUGCUUAAUGUGAAUGUAUUGCUAACCACAGACAUGGUAUUAUUUGAGGUCAGAUUGAUAAGUAAUCUCUUCAGAAUAAACGUGUUCAAAUGCAUUAUUUGCCUCUUAAUGAUGGAUAAACAUUUAAAAAACAAAAUAGUUUAAUUACAUUGGCUUAGCCUAGCAGCAUUUCUAGUUAUUGGAAAAAAAGGUUAAGGCUUUAAGUUAACUAUUGAGCCCAUUUUUGACCCAGCAAUAUGUUGUAAGGACGAAUGGUUGGUAAUGUUAAACAAAUGUACCAAGGAAAAAGACUCUGAAUCUGAAAAAGUCUUCUUAGUUCUGGGUUUAUGUAAUUUCUCACGUUGAACCACUGUCGUAUAUUUUAGUUUUUGUGGUUCAAGCUGCUAUUGAAACACACCUUUUUUUGGACGUAGUGUAUUUAAUGUUUGGUAGUUGGAGACUGUAAUGAGGAGUCUUCUGUUGAAAGUCAUUCUGCUUUUUUUCCAUCAACUUUAACUGUCAUUUCAACUGAUCUUUUGAAGUAAUGUGAACGGAAAAGCUGCGGUUUUUGGAGUUGUUCCUAUGGUCUGAGUGAGUUCUAUCACGGAUGCAUUAUGUUGUAAAUAUUCUCACUAGCGCAUGUUUGUUGAUGCCUUUUCUUGUGGACUUUCGAUGAAAGGAACCAGAGAAGGAAUCUGUCAUUGUGAAUAGUAUUUUAAUGUGUGCAUAACCACUUGUGUCUCUUCUGCUGAUCUCAUUAAAGUCACAUCUGAAAGACUUUUACAUCUAAAAAGUACA